AUGCCGGAAAUUCCUGAAGGUAACUAUGAAAAGGGAAAGAAGGUGUUCAAGCAACGAUGCCUACAGUGUCACGUAGUUGACUCGAAAGCCACGAAGACCGGUCCAACGCUCUACGGUAUUAUUGGCCGAACAUCAGGCACUGUUCCUGGUUUCGAUUAUUCGUCCGCCAAUAAGAAUAAGGGUGUUGUUUGGAGUCGUGAGACAUUAUUUGAAUAUUUGUUGAAUCCGAAGAAAUACAUUCCCGGAACGAAAAUGGUGUUCGCAGGCUUGAAGAAGGUCGACGAUCGAGCUGACUUGAUCAAAUACAUCGAAGAGGAGUGCAAGAAACCUCUCAAGUGA